AUGAGCGGCGACGGUGACGGCACCGACGGCGACGGCGGUGAGACGGUCGUGCCGCCGGGGGAGAAUCGACGGCAGCCCCCGCGCCCGGAACCGCAACGAGCCCGACCCCGCGGCCUGGAGAAUGGCGGCAGGGACGCGGUUGAGGAGGCGGGGGCCGCCACGAUGACGGUGGUGGCUACAAACUCAAACCGGUCGCAGGCUGCGGGGGCGCAGUCGCAGGCAGGGAACCCCGCUAAGGCGGGGACUGCAGCAGGUGGCGGCGGCGGUGACAGCGCGCCAGCCGGCGCGGGCGGCUUCUUUGUUGGCACCACGACACACGUCUCACUCGCCGGCGCCGGCGUCGCUGGCGCGCGAAUCCCUUCCUUUGGCCUCAGCACCAGCCAAAUGAAGGCCGUCCUCGACGUCGUCCGCCGUCGCAAGCGCGGGGAGCAAAGGCAGGUGGCGGCGCCGGGGGUGCAGCCCCACCCAAUCACGCCGCCCACGACAGCCGCCACGCUGAAUGAGACCCCGACGAUCACGCCGGCGCUGAGCCAGUCGGAGCAUGGGCGGUCGACAACGUCGUCGCUGAACGAGAUACCGCUCCUCAGCGGCCCCCCGUGCACCGGCGCUUCGACGCCCAUCUCUGUCAGCAGCGGCCGCACAGAACCACACUCCUGUCAUGAGAAGGAGGAGGAACGCGACUUUUUUAUUCACAGCUUUGCCCCACGCUUGCAGACUGGGUUUUCUGCGAGCCGAACUCCGCCGGGGGAUGAGGCAAAGUCGAGGACGCAAGCGGAGACACAGCACCAAGCAGGGGCAGAAGUAGAGCGACAAGAGGAUGAUGAGGAUGCAGAGCAACAGCAACGGCCACAGCCACUGCAGGUCGACGAGGUGUGGUUUGAUAACGAUGAGAAUGUCAGCCGCGUGCAUCAUCGCUGGGCGGAGCUCUCCGCGGGGCUGCGCAUUCGCGUCCCUGCCUCGCCAUGGUGUCCGGCUGCGGGUGAGCCGAUUCCCACCUGCAAGCAGCACAACAGUGACUUUGAUUUUAGCGCGAGUAGCAGCUUUGGCAGCAGCUACAGCAGAAGCCUCUUGCAGGCGUACAACCAGCACACAUUUGUGAGAGCCGCAAGUUGCCUUUCCACGAACACGCCGUGUGUCUCUCCCUGCGUGUCUGGCGUUGCCGGCGGCGACGCGGAUGCACCUCUUGGGACGUCAAAGGUUCCAGCCAGCGCCACCCCGAUGAGGUCCAACGGCGGCGGAGGUUGCGGGGGUAGUGCGGUGCCGUCGUGCCAGCAAUACAAUUUUCUUUGCGGCGUACAGAGGCGUGGCACCGCGGCACCGUUGCAAACCCCGCAGGAGGGCACCGCGGAUCAGAUUUCCUCCAGCAAUGGGCACCAGAACGGGGUGAUCGCCCCACCCCCGCUUGCGCGUGAGGACGUGGACCAUGCAGCUUCGUUUGACGCAGCCAUGGUGCUUCCAGGGCUCUACCUGGGCUCCCACAGCGAUGCCAUGAAGCUUCCUGCGCUCGCCGCCCACGGCAUCUCGCUUGUGCUGAGCGUUGCCGAGGAGUGCGUGCUGGAGGACUCUGUGGUGAACAACGAGUACAACAUCCGAUUUGUUAAGUUUCCGCUGAGGGACCACAGCGAUGAAAACAUCGCAAGCUACUUUGGCCCUCUGACGAAGAUGAUUCAUAAGCAGCUGCACCGCCGCGAGUGCGCCCUGUGGAAAGCAAAGAAUGCAACGCCAGAGACGAGAGAAAACGGCGAGGUGGGGGCUGCCACGGAUGCUUCCUCCGUCGCAUGCGUGCCUGGUGGGGUGCUUGUGCACUGUCGCAUGGGUGUAAGCCGCAGCGCGGCCGUUGUGCUUGCCUAUCUCAUGAUCUACGGCGACACCCUGGUGGUGGACGAGGGCUGCUACAGCCAGCAGCAGCAGAUGGAGGAAAGCCCCACGAUCGCCUUCACGCCUCUGUCGGAGACUUCGCCUUUCCUCCCCGCGAACGAUGACGAAACGGCGAAGGAGGGCCGCCGAUGUCGUGUGUGCUGCUGCUGCCGUGCCCGUCAAAACCGCAUGGUUGGUGACUACUGCGAGUGUUGUGAGGCCGCCCCGAGAGUCGUGAAAAGCUACCGGGAAGCCUUUGCCUUUCUCAAAAGACGAAAGCGAGACAUCAACCCGAAUAUCGGGUUUGUGCUCGCCCUACGAGAGCUGGAGGGUAGAGAAGAGAGGUAG